AUGUUCAGAGCAAUUAACCUUACAUCAAAAAACGUUAGAUACUUUACAACAUCAACAGAAGAAGUUUUGUUUGAUAAAAAAGGUAAAUGUUUAAAUGUUUUAUUAAAUAGACCAAAAGCUUUAAAUGCUUUAAACCCAGGAAUGGUUAAGCUUUUAACACCAAAAUAUCAAGAAAUGAAGAAUAUGAAAGAUGGUGACAUGGUUUUAAUUAUGAAAGGUUCUGGUGAAAAAGCUUUUUGUGCUGGUGGUGAUAUCAAAGCCAUUUACGAUUAUAAAAAAGGUGUUGCCCCAUCAACUGAAAACAUUGGUGAUCUUUUCUUCCGUGAAGAAUAUAUUUUAAAUAAUUUAAUUGGUACCAAUCCAAUUCCACAAGUUUCAAUCUAUAAUGGUUUUGCAAUGGGUGGUGGUGUUGGUUUAUCAGUUCACGGUAAAUUUAGAGUUGCUACCGAUACUACUGUUUUUGCUAUGCCAGAAACAGCUAUUGGUUUCUUUUGUGAUGUUGGUGGUUCACACUUUUUACCAAAAUUAAAACAUAACUAUGGUAUGUAUUUAGCUUUAACUGGUAAUAAAUUGAAGGGUAAAAAUGUUUUAGCUUCAGGUGUUGCAACUCAUUUUAUUUCAAAUGAAAGAAUUAAAGAUGUAGAAAGCGCAUUAGAAAAUUUAAGUAAUCCAACACAUGAAAAUGUUAAAAAAGUUUUAGAUCAAGUUUGUGAUAAAAUUGAUGUUAACGACUCAUCAUUAGAAUUCAAUCAAAAUUUAGAAACUAUUGAAAGAAUCUUUGGUAAAUCAUCAGUCGAAGAAAUCUUUGAUUCAUUGGAAAAAGAAAACACUGAAUGGUCAAAACAAACUCUUAAAACUCUUAAAACCGUUUCACCAACUUCACUUAAAGUUGUAUUCGAACAAAUGAAUCAAGGCAAAAAAUUACCAUCAUUAGCCAAAUGUCUCGAAAUGGAAUUCCGUAUCUCUCAACAUUUCCUUGAAAAACCAGACUUUUUCGAAGGUGUUCGUGCUCUCUUAGUUGACAAAGAUAAGAAUCCAAAAUGGAACCCAUCCUCAAUCGACCAAGUUUCAGACGAUUUAGUUAAAUCCUAUUUUGCUCCAUUAAAAUCUGAUCAAGAAUUAAAAUUAUAA